CUCUGUGGCGGAAGGAGACGGGACUGAAGGCCCGGGGACGGGUGGCGGGUCGCCUCCUUCUCUUGCCGGCCUCGCCUUCGUCGCCCAAGUUUCCCUCAGCGCCGGCCGGGCCCGCCUUCCUGUUCGCCCGGGAGGCAAAAGCAGAAACCGCAAGAUGUCGCUGUAUUUCUUCAGUCAGAAGCUUCUCUGCAUGAAUAAGGGAAAUAAUUACUGAGAAACUUUCUUAAGAAGCAGACAAGGAUAGCAGAAUAAAUUUGAAAAGCAAAUUUGAAGUGGCUGCAACAGACCCUGGGCAAGUAGCAUCAGUCGGAUGGGAUUAAAUGACUUUGCUUCCAUUCAAAGACGACGCCCAUGUUUGGUUGGCAAUCUAGAACACUCAGGUGAAGCAUUGUAGAAAUCGGUUAAUUUCCUUACUAAGCACAAUGAACAGAGAAUGGAAAUGGGAUUGAUUUUGAAGUGGCUUGCUUCCAAGUACAGAGCUAGGCAUUCUUGCAGAGUGGUCACUGUGAAAAUGUACUAAAGGGAGUUCCCACAGAAAGCAGACAUGGAGAAAAUGGCCAGGGUGACCACUGCCCUCGGUGGCAAUACCAUCACUGGGCGCACCAUGUUCUGCCACUUGGAUGCCCCUGCCAACGCUGUCAGUGUGUGUCGCGAUGCGGCCCAGGUGGUAGUAGCGGGGCGCAACAUCUUUAAGAUCUAUUCCAUAGAAGAAGACCAGUUUGUGGAGAAACUGAACUUGCGUGUGGGCCGCAAACCGUCCCUGAACUUCAGCUGCGCAGAUGUGGUGUGGCACCAGAUGGACGAGAACUUGCUGGCCACGGCGGCCACCAAUGGCGUGGUUGUGACCUGGAACCUUGGAAAGCCGUCUCGUAACAAACAGGACCAACUCUUCACUGAGCACAAGCGGACUGUAAACAAGGUGUGCUUCCACCCCACUGAGGUGUACAUGCUUCUCAGCGGGUCGCAGGAUGGCUACAUGAAAUGCUUUGAUCUGCGCAAGAAAGAUUCUGUGAGCACCUUCUCAGGUCAGUCGGAAAGUGUGCGGGAUGUCCAGUUUAGCAUCCGCGAUUAUUUCACAUUCGCUGCAACCUUUGAGAAUGGAAACGUUCAACUGUGGGACAUCCGCCGGCCUGAUCGCUGCGAGAGGAUGUUCACAGCCCACAACGGGCCUGUUUUCUGUUGUGACUGGCAUCCAGAGGACAGGGGCUGGCUGGCAACAGGGGGCCGGGAUAAGAUGGUGAAAGUCUGGGACAUGAACACUACCCGGGCCAAAGAGAUCUACUGUGUGCAGACAAUAGCUUCGGUGGCCAGGGUUAAGUGGCGGCCCGAAUGCAAGCACCACAUCGCCACGUGCUCGAUGAUGGUGGACCACAACAUCUACGUGUGGGAUGUACGCCGCCCCUUCAUCCCCUCCGCCAUGUUUGAGGAGCACAAAGACGUCACCACGGGCAUCGUGUGGCGUCACCUCCACGACCCCUACUUCCUCUUGUCUGGCUCCAAGGAUAGCACUCUCUACCAGCACAUCUUCAAGGAUGCCAGCCAGCCUAUCGACCGCGCUAACCCCGAGGGACUUUGCUACAGCCUCUUUGGGGACCUGGCUUUUGCCGCUAAGGAGAGCUUGAUCUCCGCAGACUCUAACCGCAAGCCCUAUGCCGGUGACAGGCGCCACCCGAUCUUCUUCAAGCGCAAGCUGGACCCAACGGAGCAAUUUGAGUGCAUCUCCUCUUCCAGUGCCUUGAGCGUCUUUGAAGCUGAUGCAGAAUGUGAUGUCGGGAACAUGGACUGGUUUGUGAGAACCGCCAAGCAGUAUGCGCUGGCAGGAAGACCAUUGGCAGAUCUGUGUGACCAUAAUGCCAAGGUGGCCAAGGAACUUGGGCGGAACCAGGUUGCUCAGACAUGGACGAUGCUUCGGAUUAUUUACUCUAGCCCUGGCACUGUGUCCUCUGCAAACCUGAAUCACAGUUUGGGGAAGAGUAGCUCUAGCCUCCCUCUCAUGAACAGCUUUAACUUGAAAGAUAUUCCCUCUGGGAUUGGCAACGAGUCAAGGCUGGAGCGCAGCAAAGGGGAGAGCCGGCCUGAAAACAUCCUCAUGGAUUCUUCCUCCACCCUGAUCAACAAUGACGAGAAUGAGGAAACAGAAGGCAGUGACGUCCCUGCAGAUUAUCUCCUGGGGGAUGUGGAAGGAGAUGAAGACGACCUGUACAUGAUGGAUCAUGACAACCCACAUGAGGAGCAAGAGUACAUCCUUCCCCAGGAAGCCUUUCCUCUGCGGCACGAGAUCGUGGACAACCCCUCAGCCCUAGAUCAUCUGCAGGACAAAGCAGACUCCCCUCACGUCAGCGGCAACGAGGCCGAGACCGUGUCCCUGACACCUGUAGAAUCCUUCUCCCUUAUCUCCAUCUCUCAUUCGCUGUAUGAAAACCGCCUGCCCACCGACUUCUUCAAUCCCAUUGUCCGUGACAUGCUGCUCUUCUACGCCGAACAGGGGGACGUGCAGAUGGCAGUGUCUGUGCUUAUCGUGUUGGGGGACCGCAUCCGGAAGGAGAUUGAUGACCAGGCACAGGAACACUGGUACACUUCCUACAUUGACCUGCUACAGCGCUUCCAGCUGUGGAACAUCUCCAAUGAGGUGAUCAAACUGAGCACGUGCAGAGCCAUCAACUGCCUCAACCAGGCUUCCACCACGCUUCACAUCAACUGCAGCAAUUGUAAGCGGCCCAUGAGCAACAAGGGCUGGAUUUGUGACAGGUGUCGGCAGUGUGCCAGCAUGUGUGCCGUGUGCCACCAUGUGGUGAAGGGCCUGUUCGUGUGGUGCCAGGGCUGCAGUCAUGGCGGGCAUCUGCAACACAUCAUGAAAUGGUUAGAGACCAGCUCACACUGCCCGGCAGGAUGCGGCCAUCUCUGCGAGUACACCUGAAGCCAAGAAGAGCGCUUGCAGCUGCAAAAUUGUAUCCCACGAGGUUCUUGAGGGCUCCAUCCACAAGGUUAUUGAGGGCUGGGAAUGACAGUGUUCUGUAUUGGUGAGAGGUGUGAAGCUAUAAUUGCUGGUGUUGUGGAAGGUUGCAUAAAAGAGCUCGAUGGGGCUGAUAGUGUCAAGAAAAGGGAUCUUCCUGCACUGCCUGAAAAGAAAUGAAACUUACAAUGCUCAGGGAAACUUUUUGUAUGCGUGCAAAACCCAUCCUGGAGAGUCUCUCCAAUUUAUUUCUGUUUUCAAGGUCGCCGUAUCAAGAGUUCUUAUUGUGCUCCUGCAAAAUGUACUUCUUUGUCAGAAAGAAGUGCCGCUUGGGGAAGUCUGAUUUGAGCAGCAGCCCAUUCUUUUUCCAUCCCUCUCUCUGUAUAUCCUGAAUUAAAAGAACAAAGCAGAUUUUACUUCUUGGUGCUUUGUCUGGACUUCCUUAUUGGUUUGGCAUAAAUGCACUCCAACUGUAAUCCAUAGACUUCAAAGCAUCACCUGGAUUUAUUCCUCAAAAAAGGAAGCGGCAAAAUCUGCUCUUGGCCGUGUAAUUCCAAGCCAGAUUCCUAUAUUAAUUUCCCUGUGGAGCGAAGACUACUGGUUAAAGAAGGAGACAGUGGCUUCAGGGCCAGUCUAAGGAAAAUGUCUUACUAGAACAGGGAGUUUCCAAGGAAAUCGAUCUGCCUAUCUUGUACGUUUUUGUCCCAGCCAAAGAGUUCCUUGUGGCAAAUACCCCUUUUAUCCUUCCAACAAUCCUGGAGAGACAAUGAGUGGUCCAGGGUCACCCACUGAGUUUAGUAGCAGAGUGGGGAUUUUGAAUCUAAGUGUGCCCAGUCCUUGUGUAAACACUACACCAUCCUAGUCAUAGACCGUCUUCCUAGUCCCAUGAAGAAUAAAUGAAGAUAGAAAGCAUGGCAGCUGGCAAAUUAGUUUGCUGAGUGGCCAAGUUCUGACAUUUCCCUCUGAUAAUCUUUUCAUAACAUAGCAACCAGAAGCAGGAUCAUUUAGUUCUCUUCCAAGUUGGCCUGAUAUUUUUUUUUCCUUUGAAAGUGGGCUUUUUGGCGGUCCAUCUAGGCAGUGUUCGAAGAUGCGCGGCUUCCCUUAAUCACUUUCUUUCUCUGUUGAACACAGUUAGUUCCUUCAGCCUGACUCUGCUGUCACACCCUUCUUAAAGCAAUGUUUUCAGGUUGUAGGACUUGAAAUUGUGCUUGAAUCGCGUGGAUGUUUUGUCUCGGCUGCAUAAACAAGGUUGAAAUUGGAAUGCUUUGUAAUCCCCGGUUCCUUGUCACCAGACAAUAAAUUCAUCUUUUCAGCUUA